AUGAAAAUACCUUUCGGAAACAACCCACAGGUCAAAUCACGGCUUCACAUAGUCAUCGGCUCUCUGAUUUUCUUGACGCUUGUUCUCACCAUUGCACGUCUAGCCCUCAAGGGCACACCGUCGUCCCGAGCGAACACAUGGGGCAUUGCGGUAUGUCUCAAGGCAGCGGUUUUCCUUUCCUAUCAGGUCUUAACAGCUCGUGUCGAGCGACUUAAGCAAUGGGCCAGUUUGAAGGCGAACAUGAUACUCGACAUCAUUGACACCGUCUUUUGGUUCGCCUUGGUCAUCAUUACUAUCAUGGCAACUGCAGGCUCACAUAGUACUGGUAGUCAAGCACUUGGCGUGAUCAUUGCUAUGCUAGCAUUUGCUCUGUUUGGAUUUGUUGGGUUACUCUCGUUGAUUUGUAUACGGGACCACAGAUACUAUAAAGUGCAUGGCCGCCUGCCUGGAAUGACAUAG